GUCAUGGCUUCGCCGAGCUUCAGUCUCACGAGUCCAAGGUGCAAUCACACCAACAACCGGAGCCAAGUGAUACAUGGCCAACAGUUCGAGCUACCUUUAGUGAACUGUUCACUUGGCGCACCGACAUCCUCACGAAAAGAGGUUAACUGGCUGACCAGAUCGUUUUGGCCAAGGAUCCCGGCGGACCUCAUUGGUUUUCCCCGCAUCUCCGCCGCGCUCGCCCUGCCGGCAUGCCGCGCGGCGUAAAUUUACGCCCGGGAGGUUGGCAUCUGCGCCCUCUGCAGGCUGUGCUGGUGUUGAGUACCUCGGCGCUGCUUUUCUGCAAUCCGGGGCGCACGCGCAGCACGCGCACGAGCCUGACGAGCCUGCCGCGGGCGGCCGGCGUGUGGCCCCCCUCGAGGUCGACCGGCCGCACAUGGCGGCAGGUCCAUGAGGAGGCGAAGGCGCUGCAAGACCGGCUCCGCAGCGUGAUUGUAGAGAGUGGGCAAUGCGUACGGGAGCUGGAUAAGAUGUUCACAGACAGGAAAGAUCCACCCGACGAGGCGCCGGGCAAGCCAAAGGACGACCCUCUGGGCAUGGGCAGCCUCAUGCGGGCCCCGCGAGUCGAGCGGAUCUUCCCGGACGUGGAGGCGAAUCGCCCAGUUCUGGCUGGUGAGCUGGCGACUCGAGCGCCCAUCGUGGGCCGCUUCUCCUCGAGCCCCCGCUGCGCCAUGCCGGUGCGGGUGCUGCCCCAGCAACUGCUGAGCGGUGCGGGGGACGACCCGGCUGCCUCGCAGGAGGAGAACGAGCUCUGGCGCACUUCUGUGGAUUUGCUGAUCGAGACGCUGGAGCCGCUGUGGCCGGAAGCCGAGGCCAAGGCGACGACUGUGCUGACGGCGGAGUAUUCUGCGGAAAAGAGGCGGGACGAGAGCGUGGGGGACGUGCGGAAGCGUGUGCUGCGGCAGAUGGUGCGGGCCAACACGGGGCUCCGCAGCGAGGC